AUGUGUUCGAUAUUGGACCAUGUAGUCAAUCUUCUAGCUGAUGAAGCCGCUGCCUGCAUUAAUUGCCUGGAAUCCAACAAUCCUCCUUCCCUAGUUGCCGAUGGUGGCAUGCCUCUCACUGAUAAAUUUUUUGGCACCGACAUUUCUUUCAUGUCAAUUUACCAACAAAAAUACACUGUCAUUAAUGAAAUCAAGAACUUCCUCAGCUCCGUUUGCUCUCGAAUCUUCCCUGACCUUCUCUACCUCGUGUUGGGAAAUCACCGUUUUGUAAGUCUUAACCAGUCUUUCGUUAUUCCCGAUUUUUCUCAUCCAACUUUUAGUGUAGUCCAUGUGAUGCCAAGAGCUUGCGAUAAUGGGACUUUUGGUGCUAAUUUUGUUGAAAUUGUGAUUAUGCAUGACAACAUUCAACCCCAUAAACAACAUUUGUUUACGAAGCUUGUCCUUCACUCGGUUGAGCAAGUUUAUAUCAUUUUGAGUGGUUGUCGAAUUGCAAAGUUCAAGAAUAAUGGAAAGCAUAUUUGGGCUCGCAAGUACGAGAGUCAAGAGUAA